AUUCCAACAAGUUUAUAAAGUUGCCACCGUCCCAGGCUGACUCCUCAGUCCUCGAACCAAGCUGCAGACGCAAUGACCGUAGCUCGGAGCAUCCUGGUUGCGCUGCUCGGCGCCGUUUGCAUUGCCAUAUCCACGGCCGACGCGGCGACCAGCGUUAACACCACUGACUUCGUAGGCUGUCUCGCCGCGCACCUUCCUCCGGGGAUCGUCUACACGCAGUCGUCGGAAUCCUACCCGUCCGUCCUCGAGUUCUCCAUCAAGAACCUCCGGUUCGUCACUCCGGCCACCCCGACGCCCCUCGUCAUCGUCAAGGCCACCCACGCAACACACGUCAAGGUUACCGUGCGCUGCGGCGCGGUGCACGGCGUCCGCGUGCGCCCGCGCAGCGGUGGCCAUGACUACGAGGGGCUUUCCUACCGCUCCCUGGACGCGGCUCGCCCUUUCGCCAUCGUCGACCUGGCGGCGCUGCGCGCGAUCCGCGUCGACGUCCGAAGCAGGUCGGCGUGGGUCGAGUCCGGAGCCACGCUCGGGGAGCUUUACUACGGCAUCGCCAACAAGAGCGCGCGUCUCGGGUUCCCCGCCGGUGUCGGCCCGACGGUCGGCGUCGGCGGGCACCUCUGCGGCGGUGGCUUCGGCCUGAUGCUACGGAAGCACGGGCUCGCGGCGGAUCACGUCGUCGACGCCGUCAUGGUGGACGCCAAGGGGAGGCUCCUGGACAGGGCCGCCAUGGGGGAGGACCACUUCUGGGCCAUCCGCGGCGGCGGGGGCGGGAGCUUUGGCAUCGUGGUGUCCUGGAAGCUCCGGCUCGUGCGCGUGCCAGCGACCGUCACGGUGUUCACCGUCCACCGUCCAAGAAACCAGUCCGCCAGCGAUCUGCUCACCAAGUGGCAGCACGUGGCGCCGGCCCUGCCCCGCGAGAUGAUCCUCCGGGUGGUCGUGCAGAACCAGGACGCGCAGUUCGAGUCCCUGUACCUCGGCAGGUGCACCGGCGUCAUCGCGACGAUGACCGAGAUGUUCCCGGAGCUGGGCGUGACGCGGCGAGACUGCAUCGAGAUGAGCUGGAUCGAGUCGGUCCUCUACUUCGCGUUCUACGGCACGGGGAAGCCGAAGGAGAUGCUGCUGGACAGGGGCACCAAGCCGGACAGGUACUUCAAGGGCAAGUCGGACUUCGUGCACGAGCCCAUCCCGAGGGGCGUGUGGGAGAGCACGUGGAGCUGGUUCCUGGAGGACGGGGCCGGGCUGCUCAUCCUCGACCCCUUCGGCGGCAGGAUGGGCAGCGUCGCGCCGUCGGCGACGCCGUUCCCGCACCGGCGCGCGCUCUACAACAUGCAGUACUACGGGUUCUGGUUUGACAACACGACGGAGGCGUCGGAGCAGCAUAUGGGCUGGGUCAGGGGGCUGCACAGGGAGAUGGAGCCGUACGUGUCCAAGAGCCCGAGGGGCGCGUACGUGAACUACAAGGACCUGGACAUCGGCGUGAACGACUAUGGUGGUGACGGCGCCGGGACCAGCUACGAGAAGGCGAGGGUGUGGGGCGAGGCCUACUUCAAGGAUAACUUUGAGAGGCUUGCCGCGGUGAAGGCCAAGGUAGAUCCCAGUGAUUUCUUCAGGAACGAGCAAAGCAUUCCCCCUCUUCCAUUACAAGGUGGCAAUGACACGACGCGGAAUUGAUAGGGUAUGUUUUUCUUUUGUCUUAAAAGAAGUUACUUGACUCGGAGUAGUGAAGUCUGGAUGUCAAAAAGAGUGAAAUCCAAAGUUAUUGAGGAUGUGUAAUAUAGUCCUCAAACUUAAAAACCGCUUGUACUUCGUUUGUUUCCAACAACCACCACAAUGAAGCUUC